AUGUUGAAUUUUAGCGAUUACAGUACCUCGACAUAUACGUCCUCACACCUCCAAUUACUUCUCACCUCCAUUAUGUCGACUAUCGCUAUCAACUGCCUUAUUUCUGGUGACGACCCUGACCAGAUAUUCACAGUUAAGAUCUCCUCGAACGAGAAUGUCAGCAUCCUCAGGGGCAUUAUCAAAGGGGAGAGCCAGGCACUUUCGAGUAUCGAUUCAAAGGCAAUACGACUCUUCAAGGUUUCGCUUUCCGAUGCCGACCUGGAGCAAGCGCGAGAUCCGAGAAAGAUCGACGCCGCACAGGAGCUCUCCUCACCGCUCGCAGAGCUCUCAGCCAUCUUCAAGGAUCUGCCAAAGGAUAAAAUCCAUGUUAUUGCACUUGCGCCCACUGGCACUGGAAACCACCAGCGACCUCCCUCACUCUCGCCAGAGCUGCGCAAAGAACUUGAAGCGGCAUGGACCCAGGAAUACCAGGGAUCAACUCAUCAAACCCUGCUCAGCAACAUCCAAUCCGAUCCACGUGGAUCGCCUUAUUGCAACACUGGGGCCAUCAUCCAGUCAUCUGGAUACGGAAAGUCUCGUACGGUCGACGAGCUUGCCAAGCUUGUGUUCACUAUACCAAUGAACCUUCGGGCCGAAGCUGAAACUCAACAAGGCGCAUACCCUCUUCCAGACACAUGCAUUGCGAAGUCGAUACUGUCAAUGGCCAAAGCGACUUCUGACGACGACGUAGUGACGAUGUUCCACAUACUCUUUUGCACCUUGUUCCAACGGAUUGUGGCAGAAUUGAAUUCCAUUGACUGGGCUUCGGACAUCCAAGCCAAAGAUUUUGCUACUCAAUGGCGAAAGCAUUUGCUGGAGGAUGGUGUUAGGUCCGAACUCUAUUCCAGCGUUAUUCGUGAUGUCGAGCCACGAUUCCGAAUGGACCUACCAUCGUCAGCUAAGAGCGAUGCAGUAACAGCCUUGCAGGAGCUCAUUAGGCGAAUCCCAGUUGCUAAAGGAAAAGCUCCGUUGUCGGUUGUGAUGUAUGUUGAUGAAGCCCACGAGCUCGACGUCCGGGCCAUAAACUCAAGUCGCAACUCAACACUCUACGACCUCUUCACCAUGGCCGUAUCCGAGUACCAUGGGGACUUCUUUGUUUUGUUCCUCUCUACAGUUUCACGGAUGCGCCAACUUGCCCCCCGAACCAAAAUCACGCGCUCUAAUAGGACCGUUGUGGCCGGCGAUCUCAUACCCCCCUACACUGAAAUGCCUUUUGACUGUCAUCCAUCAUUGCCGGUGUCGUCUCUGGGGGAGUUGACUCUCAAGGACGUGCAGGAUUUCAGCUUCAUUGCCCGAUUUGGGCGUCCCUUAUUUUGGUCUAUGCUUGAAGCUGCUCGGCAGAGCUCUCCAGAAUCUCCUCCUCAUGCAAAAAUCAGGAUCUUUGCUCUGCAAAAGUUGACCAACUCGGCCCACAUUUCAGAUUUGAACUCGCAUGCAAAGCUGGCUAUCCUCGACACCAUCUUAAACCUGGAGUUCUACCCUUUCAGAGCUCAAACAGUUUCGCUGAUGGAGGACCUGAUCUCCAGCCAUAUGCGUACUGCCUAUUCUACCCCGAUACAUCGAGAGUAUCUGCACACAGGUUAUCCGUCGGAGCCUGUGCUAGCAGAGGCGGCCAUGCAGGCACUGUACCUCACCGAGAGUGCAAGUAAGAGGGAUCAAGAUGCGGCGGCCGAGUUCUUCUCUUCCCUCGAUGGUGGGAAAACAAAGGGCGCAAUUGAUAUGGGUCAACGAGGCGAGAAUGUUGCAAAAAUGAUACUCGUUCGUGCGUACAUGACCGCCGUGAAGGCGGCUGAUAUGCAAUAUUAUGGCAACCCCAACUGGAGCUCGGGCUGCUCCCUGGUGACAUUUUUGAAAAGCUUGACUGGGAGGAAGUUCCAGGAACUGGUAUUGGACUGCAAGCCCAACAACCUGCUAGCUUCCGAAGGACAGCCCCUGAAGGAGGCCUUUGCGAGAUCUUGGGUUCGGUUCACACAUUUUGGUCGGGCAGCAGAUGACGGAGCAGUUACUACGUCAGCCGCUUGCGCUGCUUUUGUCCGAGCAAUGAGCUUCAUUGGCUGGUCGUCACAGAAGUCGGUUGAUGUCUGCAUUCCCAUUCUUCUUGACAUCGACAAACCGAUCACCGAGGCCAACAUGUCCUCCAUCCUUGUACAAAUCAAACUUCGAUCCAAGAAAGGUUCUUAUGAAAAUGAUGCGAAGAAAAUUGGGUUGUUUCCUCCCCCAGGAUCGUCCCGCGAUUGCAUGAAGACGAAGAUGGGUGUUGAGUCAGAAAAAUACUUCAGCCGACCUUAUAUCUCGCUGGUUAUGGAGCUUGGGGUCGGAAAACUCCGCGACACGAAAUCUGCCUUCGUCCAGAAACACUUAGAUCGAAACUCUGUCUCCACAAGCAACAAAGUGUCUCCCCCUCGCAUAGGCGUUGUAGCUCAUCAAUCACCGACCAGAAUCACCUCUCGUGCCACCCCCAAGGCGAUUCACCCUCGAUACUCUCUCUGUUUCUAUGGCUGCACAGCUGAGGUUUAUGGAUGCAUUCAUGAGGCUGCGGAGAGUAUAUAUGAAUCACUUCUUCAGCUGUCUGAUAUGGUUCCGGACCAUCCUCGACCAUCCAGCAUCUCAGUGGUUCUACGCAUGAAGCCCUUCUGGAGAACUAACAACGAAUCAUAUGAUUGGUUCAACGAUUCAUGGCUUUGGGCUGAUGAGAAUGAAGUGGAGGAGGAUGCAGUCAUAGAGCAGGAAGAGGAGGAUAUGGUGCUGGAGAAGGUACAGGAGCAUGUGCCAACCAGGUCUGAAGACGAGAAGCAGAAUUCGGCCAUGGUUGUGGACUAG